UUAUGGAUUCACCAUUCAACCGUUUUAUCAUCACUGGUACACGUCAUCCCCAUCGGAAGGAACUGACACAGACACAAAAACAAACACAAACGCACCUUGCCGGAUAACCCACCCCCUGUUCUUUUUCCUGUUCCUGUCUAAAUUAGGAACCGAAGAUGAAAUUGAAGAUGAGUGGUUCCACUUCCACCUUCACUCAUUUCCCUUACUCUUCUCCUUCUCUUUCCUCUAUCUUCCCAUCCAAAUCCACUUUUCAACCUCUUCCCUCUUCUAAACUCACCACUUCAUCACCAUGCUCAUUCAAAAAGAUUAAAGCCUUGGGAAUUCAGCAAAUAGGAUCCACUUCACAUGGAGACAACCUUGAUUCAGUCAAGAGUAGGAUUCUACUCCAGAUGUUUCAAAGGGCAAUGCCAAUGGAACCCCUUAUAACCAUUUUCACAAAACAAUCCGAGUUGAAUGACUUCUCAGUGGAAAAUCUUCAAGAUUGGAGAAAGUCAUCCAAAUGGGUUUCAGCAUUCUUGUUUGCACAAACUAUGUCAGUUAUUUCUCCUGAUGUUUCAUAUGCAAGUGACUCAGUGAAGAUAAAUGAGAUGUAUCAGGUCGGGGAGUUGUUUGACCUAGGAAUCCAACUAAUAUACUUGCUACUGCUGUUGGGUUUGCUCGGGGCUGGGACUUACUACGUGAUUCGCCAAGUUCUUGUCCGCAGAGAGCUUGACCUUUCUGCUAAAGAGUUGCAAGAGCAAGUCAGAAGCGGUGAUGCAAGUGCGACUGAGCUGUUUGAACUCGGUGCAGUGAUGCUGCGGAGGAAAUUUUACCCAGCUGCUACCAAGUUUUUGCUUCAAGCAAUUGAUAAAUGGGAUGGAGAAAGUCAGGAUCUUGCACAGGUUUACAACGCUCUUGGUGUCAGUUAUGUUCGUGACGGGAAGCUUGAAAAAGGAAUUGCUCAAUUUGAGACAGCUGUGAAGAUUCAACCAGGCUAUGUCACAGCAUGGAACAAUCUUGGUGAUGCAUAUGAAAGUAAAAAAGAAUAUCCGUCUGCACUGAAGGCAUUUGAAGAAGUGCUUCUAUUUGAUCCUAACAACAAGAUUGCACGGCCCAGGAGAGAUUCUUUGAAGGAACUUGUUGGAAUGACGCAAGGUGUUACUGUCAGAUAUAGGGAGAAGAAAUGAUUGCCAUUCUACAACUCACACUAUAAAUAUGGCAUACUUGAAAAUACACAGGUUUCAAUCAAUAUCUUGGUUAUGUUUGAAAGAAUUUUGUUUGGCUCUAGUGAUUUAUUCAAGGUAGAACUUUUUUUCUUCUUAUUUUGGUAGCAUGAUGAUAACAAGGUAUGAACUCUUAUCAACUCAUGUCAAUUACUUAAUGCUAAUGGCAUAGUUGAGGUAAAAUAUGGCUGGGAACGGUAGAAAGACGGCCGAUUCAGUGUUCAAUUCUAAAAUGGGUUACAAAAGCCGUGAUGAAUUAAUUGUUUUCUUUUAUAUAACUGGCCGUUUUCAUGCA